UCACUUGGGCCUUCCAGAUGGGAUGCUGAGGUGAGCGGAGUGUUGCCAGCACGCUCAGAGGCCACCCUUCUUCCAUUUGCCAGUCCAACAUGGAAGCCCCUCUUGUAAGCCUGGAUGAAGAGUUUGAAGAUCUGAGGCCAUGCUACAUAGCGGAUAGGGAAGAGAAAGCUCAUUAUUUCUAUGGCUCUACAGCUCAGCUCUUGGAAGAUCCUUCUCUUUCUGAGCUUGAGAACUUCUCUUCUGAGAUCAUCAGCUUCAAGUCCAUGGAAGAUUUGGUCAAUGAAUUUGACGAGAAGCUCAACAUUUGCUUUCGGAAUUACAAUGCCAAAACAGAGAACUUGGCUCCUGUGAAAAACCAUUUCCAGAUCCAGGAAGAAGAGGAGAAUCUGCAGGAUGAAGAGUAA